UGGAUCAGGGCCGCCGCCUCCCCCACCGAUGCCAGGCUGUAUCCAGGCACGGACAGCUUACACUCUAAGCGCCGCACCGCCAGUGAAUCCAUUCGCCACGCUGCCCAAACCAAAGGCCAAGAUGAAAACGCUCAACUGGGCCAAAGUGCCGAACAGAACCAUAGGUAACUCGAUGUGGCAGACGGUACCCAAGGAUCUGCUGUCGCCCGUGCCCGUCGAUUACGACAGUCUGGAGUCGCUGUUUGCACAAAAGGUGACACAACGUUCUGCCAAGACCACCGUCGAAAAGAAAAAGUCAGUUGAGGAGGUCAACCUGCUCGACGGCAAGCGGUCUCUCAACAUCAACAUCGGCCUGAAGCAGCUGCGCAAGACGAAUGAAGAGAUUACUGAGCUAAUCAAAAGGGGCAAGGCGGCUGACGUUGGGACAGAGCAGCUCCGUGCCCUCAUGAGGAUCAUGCCUGAGGAGGGAGAGGUGGCGAUGGUGACGUCCUACGAGGGCCCGCCGGAGCAGCUGGGCGAGGCCGAACAGUACUACCUGGCCCUUUCCAAGGUGCCCUCCUUCCAGCUCAGGGUCGAACUGAUGCUGCUGGAAGCUGAUUUCAAGCCGUCGAUGGAUAGUUUGCGUCCGCAAAUUAAGGCCCUCGUAACGUCCUGCGAGCAAAUUUUAACAUCUGAGAGCCUGAAGCAGUUCCUGAUCCUGGUUCUUCAGGUCGGAAACUUCCUGAACUCGGGAAGCUACGCUGGAAACGCUAUGGGCUUCCGUCUGAGCACACUUCCAAAACUAAUCGAGACCCGAGCAAAUAAGCCUCGCAUGACACUUCUCCAUUACAUCGUCGAAGUAGCCGAGACUCAAAACAAGGUGGCUCUGGAGUUCGCAGAAGACUUCAAACACAUCCACGACGCUGCCAAAAUCUCCCUGGAUGUGCUGAUGGCUGACAUCAACAACCAGUCACAGACGGUGACACGACUGAAAACCCAGUCAGAGAGCGCGCCAGCGGAGGUGAAGAAACAGUUCAAAGAUUUUCUCAGCUCAGCAGAGCGCCAGGUGGCUGACCUGGCCAUCCAAAUGGCCGAGCUCGGCCGGUGCCAGACGCGACUGGCGCAGCACUUUUGCGAGGAGGAGGAUUCGUUCACGGUGGAGAGCUGCCUGAGACUGUUCGACGGGCUCAUACGGAAAAUCGAGGUCGUCCGGCAGGAUAACGAGAAGCGACACCAGGACGAGGAGCGUCAGAAGCGCCGGGAGGAGGAAAAAAAGCGCGCCGCCGCCGCCGCCGCCGCAGCCGCCACCCAGGAGAAGGCGCCCUCCUCCUCCAGAGGCAGCAAGGCGCCGUGGCGGGAUGAGGCGGACGGCCGCACCAGUCCCAACUCGUCCUCUUCCGAGCUGGAAGACGGUCUGGUCGACACCCUCCUCGCCGGGAUCAGACGGGGAGAGUUCCGUUCGGUCCGACGUCGCAAGGAGAAGACCGACGAGCCCGCUUCGCCGACCGACCCGGUGGUUAAAGAGAAACGGCGUCGCCAUCGACGUAGAGAGCCCAUGUUUCUGCUGGGUAGAGAGAGGGAGAGACCCAACGGUAACGAGCUGCGGUGAGUGCGGUGGACGCCGUGAGACCCAGACAGGGAUGCUACGGUGCUAGGCAGGGGAUGUACGGGUGUCGUGUGCAGGAUAGCCCGGCGUUGGGUAACGACUAUAACGUGGUUGAAAACUGUGCCUUGAGCUUGUGUUCUUUGUUAGAUAGGUGCCGUCCAAGCGCGUUACGGUGCUUCCUGAGCAGUGAUCAUGGCAUUAGUACUAUUGCUGAUGUAAACGUUGAAUCUGAAGCGUGAAACUCAGUGUUUUGAAGAAGCUCGGGGAUGGCUGUGUUUUAGCUAAGCGCGACCGUGCAUAUAAGCAUCUUUUCAUGAACAGUACCCUGGCCAACAGUGUGACUGCGUACAUAGCAUGUUUGAGACAAUCGUCCUCCCUUUCUGCCGAUCCUGCGGAAUGCACAGGUCGCUGCGGGAGACGUACUGUAUUGUUUGUAGCUAUAACUAUUUUCUUACAUGUUUACCGUAGAGAAUCGUUUUACUCAGCAAUAUGAAGGCGGUAAGCUGGACAGGACUGCUGAGACGUUGCACAUUUCAGUGUCAAUCAAGGCUUCAUAUAGCGUCAUAAUAUUGCAUGCAGAACUAUGUAUGUGUACCAUCGACCACAUUACCGUGCCUGUGUUCUGAAUUGUGAUGACUGAAAGACAAUAAAGAUGACGCUACAAUA